AUGAAGAUCCCAAAGACGUAUAACACUUACUUCGUGGCCUUCGUGGCCACGGUGGGUGGCAUGUUGUUUGGCUUCGACAUCUCAUCUAUGAGUGCCAUCAUCGGAACGAAUCAGUACAAAGACUACUUCAACAACCCAGCGGGAAUUAUACAAGGAGCGAUCGGAUCUGCACUUGCUGCCGGAUCCGUUGUCGGCUCGAUCAUUGCUGGUCCAAUAUCUGACUGGCUUGGGAGGAAGAAUGCGAUUUUCAUUGCUGCCUUGUUCUGGUUGGCCGGAACAGCUGUGCAAACUGCCACUAAUGGCUUCGGUUCCCUCGUCGCUGGCCGUGUCAUCAACGGUAUCACUGUUGGUAUCACCUCUUCGCAGGUUCCGGUGUACUUGGCCGAGAUUGCAAGGAAAGAGAAGCGUGGAUCCUUGAUUAUUAUUCAGCAACUGGCAAUUGAAUGGGGUAUCCUCAUCAUGUACUUCAUCGGCUAUGGCUGCAGCUUCAUUCCUGGCGACGCCUCUUUCCGCAUUGCCUGGAGCAUGCAAUUCGUCCCAUGCGUGUUCCUCCUAGCUGGUCUGCCCUUCCUGCCGGAGAGUCCCCGUUGGUUGGCCAAGAAAGAUCGAGGCGCAGAAGCCAUCCAUGUCUUGUCGAAGAUUCAAGCAGGAGGCAACAAGGAUGAUCCGCUCGUGGUGGCUGAAUGGGAAGAAAUCACUGCGACUCUCGCUGCUGAACGUGCCGCUGCGAAGGGCUGGAGGAAAUUCGUCUACAAUGGCAUGUGGAAGAGAACGUUGGCAGGAUUCACUGUUCAGAUGUGGCAGCAGAACAGCGGUGCCAACGUCAUGACUUACUAUGUCGUGUACAUCUUCCAGAUGGCCGGCUUGACUGGAAACAUCAACCUCAUCGCCUCCGGAGUCCAAUAUGCACUCUUCAUCGUCUUCACCACAGUUAUGUUCUUCUACAUCGACAAGACUGGCCGUCGACCACUUCUCAUCUACGGUGCUCUGGCCAUGGGAUUCUGCCAUUUCGUCGUUGGUGGGAUCUUGUCUUCUGCAGAAUAUGUCCCUGGAGGUGUCGACAACAACCCCAAUGUAUUGAUUCGUGUCACUGGUCCAAAGGCAAACACGGUCAUCGCAUUCUGCUACCUCCUCAUCAUCAUCUAUGCUCUUACGCUGGCACCAGUCUGCUGGAUUUAUGCCGCUGAGGUCUGGUCGCUGGAAACCCGCGCCACAGGUAUGGGUAUCGCAUCGCUCGGAAACUGGCUCUUCAACUUUGCGCUUGGCCUCUACAUCCCACCUGGGUUCAUCAACAUUCGGUGGGGCAUGUUCAUCGUGUUUGGUGCUAUGUGUGUUUUGGCUGCAAUACAGUUCUUCUUCACAUACCCAGAGACGGCAAACAAGUCGCUGGAGGAGAUCGAGGAAAUGUUUGCGCCUGGAGGACCGAAGCCAUGGCAUACCAAGCCUGGAGAGUCGAAGCUUGAUAUGUUGAUCAAUGAGGCUGCUGAGAAGCGUUUGACGAUGGCGGAUGCGCAGGACACUGACAUGAACGCGAAGAGGUUGGGCAGUGUUCAUUCCGAGAGUGUGCGGGCUGAGAAGGUCUAGAAUGUGUUUUCAACCGGUAUUCGAGCUGCACACUGAAAGAUGUCCCAGACUUCGAGCUAGAAGAGCAUUGGCAUAUGUCUACAGCCCAAACGUCUUCUGCGAUUGCCUUCCGACAAUUAUAUCA